AUGGAGGGACAAGAAGAGGCGGGCAUCAGUCGGAAGUUGGAGCCCCGAGCCGAGGCGCGUGCACAAAGCCCGGCUGACGUACAGCCUGCAUACACCGUCGGCCCUGCCGAGACCGGCAACUUGCCAACCGCGCACAAAUUCGCGAUACGCCUCUAUGAUGGUGGGACGAUGAUGUACGAUGAUCAGGAUGCACGGCCGGACGUGGGCAGAAUGAAGCCGGUUGCGCUUCGCGCCCAAUCAGCCCACCUUCACCAAGGUCAUGUGCCGCUUCAUCUCGACCGACCCACUUGGCUGGGAAAAGGUCUGGUGCUGCGUCUUCCACCAGCGACCCAAGCUCCGACAACCACCAGCUUUGCCGUGGCUGGUUCUCCACGUCUCACGCCUGUCGUGCAGCCCCCUGCUGGCAGGGAAGACCUGUACCGCAGUGCCGAGCUGCUUCCCACCGACUUCCCACCCAAUGCACGCUCUGGCUUCGACACGCGCUUCCGCACCAGCCAUGCCUACUCCGUCCUGGGGCCCGAGGGCUUCUGGACCGAAUCGUACCUCCGAGCGCACUACAUCGAAGACGUUCCUCGUCGCUAUCCGCUGCGACUCUACCCGCAUCCACCUCCAUUCGACGUGUGGCUCAAGGAACAGCGGCUGAUCCGAGCGAUCAACAUGCUAGCGCAGUCGACCGAGGUCGAGAUCGCACGCGACGGAACCACCAAAGCCGAACUGCUCGAUUUGGAGAUGCUCCAGGUCUACCUCAAGGGCUUGCUGCGCCAGACGCAGAUCGCUACCGCGCUGAGGUACGCUAACCUUCCGGAAGAGUGGAGGCUCUUCGAGGAAUCGCUCUAUCGAUACUGGGCUUCGUUUGUGCAUGUUGGCCAGGGUCGGGCAGUGCAGGUGUUCAGGAAUGGACAUCUGGAUCAGCAUCUGGACCAUGUGAGGAAGCUCGCGUUUGGGCCGGGUCUCGAAGAGCCCCUGGCGAGCGAUGGGGCCAAGGCGAAACCGCCUACGAGGGAGAAAACCCGCGGAAAGGUCAAGACCCCCGUCCAGCAAGAGGCAGCGUCGACGAGCAGGAGCUGGAGAGGCGCAAGGCGGGUCGCUGAUGCAACCAACAGCGCCGAAGAGAGGGAAAGCUUGGUAAAGCAGCUCCACAGGGCAUUCGAAGGCCGUCUUCACUUUUAG